AUGAGGGGGGGGAGGGGGUGGCGCGCGCGCCAUUUCUAGUCGUUUUCAAAGCGCCUCGCGCUGAUUCUCACGGGCCCGGCCGGCGGCCCCAGCUCUGCCCUGCAUAAUAAAAUGGCUAAUCAGGUGAAUGGUAAUGCGGUACAGUUAAAAGAAGAGGAAGAACCAAUGGAUACUUCCAGUGUAACUCACACAGAACACUACAAGACACUGAUAGAGGCAGGCCUCCCACAGAAGGUGGCAGAAAGACUUGAUGAAAUAUUUCAGACAGGAUUGGUAGCUUAUGUCGAUCUUGAUGAAAGAGCAAUUGAUGCUCUCAGGGAAUUUAAUGAAGAAGGAGCUCUGUCUGUACUACAGCAGUUCAAGGAGAGUGACUUAUCACAUGUUCAGAACAAAAGUGCAUUUUUAUGUGGAGUUAUGAAGACCUACAGGCAAAGGGAGAAACAGGGGAGCAAGGUGCAAGAGUCCACAAAGGGGCCGGAUGAAGCGAAGAUAAAGGCGUUGCUUGAAAGGACUGGCUAUACUCUGGAUGUAACCACAGGACAGAGGAAGUAUGGUGGUCCUCCACCAGACAGUGUGUACUCUGGUGUACAACCUGGCAUUGGAACAGAAGUCUUUGUAGGUAAAAUACCAAGAGAUUUAUAUGAGGAUGAGUUGGUACCCCUUUUUGAAAAGGCUGGUCCCAUUUGGGAUCUACGUCUUAUGAUGGAUCCACUGUCUGGUCAGAACAGAGGGUAUGCGUUUAUCACCUUCUGCGGGAAGGAGGCUGCACAGGAGGCCGUUAAGCUGUGUGACAGCUAUGAAAUUCGCCCCGGUAAACACCUUGGAGUGUGCAUUUCUGUGGCAAACAACAGGCUUUUUGUUGGAUCAAUUCCGAAGAAUAAGACUAAGGAAAACAUUCUGGAAGAAUUCAGUAAAGUCACAGGUUUAACAGAGGGUUUGGUGGACGUUAUUCUCUAUCAUCAACCCGAUGACAAAAAGAAGAAUCGGGGGUUCUGCUUCCUUGAAUAUGAGGAUCACAAGUCAGCAGCACAAGCCAGACGCCGGCUGAUGAGUGGAAAAGUAAAAGUAUGGGGAAAUGUAGUUACAGUUGAAUGGGCUGACCCUGUGGAAGAACCAGAUCCAGAAGUCAUGGCUAAGGUGAAAGUUUUAUUUGUGAGAAACUUGGCUACUACAGUGACAGAAGAAAUAUUGGAAAAGUCAUUUUCUGAAUUUGGAAAACUCGAACGAGUGAAGAAGUUGAAAGAUUAUGCAUUUGUUCAUUUUGAAGACAGAGGAGCAGCUGUUAAGGCCAUGGAUGAAAUGAAUGGCAAGGAGAUAGAAGGGGAAGAAAUUGAAAUAGUCUUAGCCAAGCCACCAGACAAGAAAAGGAAAGAGCGCCAAGCUGCUAGACAGGCUUCCAGAAGCACUGCGUAUGAAGAUUAUUACUAUCACCCUCCUCCUCGUAUGCCACCUCCAAUUAGAGGUCGGGGUCGUGGUGGGGGGAGAGGUGGAUAUGGCUACCCUCCAGAUUACUAUGGCUAUGAAGAUUACUAUGAUGAUUACUAUGGUUAUGAUUAUCACGACUAUCGUGGAGGCUAUGAAGAUCCCUACUACGGCUAUGAUGAUGGCUAUGCAGUAAGAGGAAGAGGAGGAGGAAGGGGAGGGCGAGGUGCUCCACCACCACCAAGGGGGCGGGGAGCACCACCUCCAAGAGGUAGAGCUGGCUAUUCACAGAGGGGGGCACCUUUGGGACCACCAAGAGGCUCUAGGGGUGGCAGAGGGGGUCCUGCACAACAGCAGAGAGGCCGUGGUUCCCGUGGAUCUCGGGGCAAUCGUGGGGGCAAUGUAGGAGGCAAGAGAAAGGCAGAUGGGUACAACCAACCUGAUUCCAAGCGCCGUCAGACCAACAACCAACAGAACUGGGGUUCCCAACCCAUCGCUCAGCAGCCGCUUCAGCAAGGUGGUGACUAUUCUGGUAACUAUGGUUACAAUAAUGACAACCAGGAAUUUUAUCAGGAUACUUAUGGGCAACAGUGGAAAUAGACAAGUGAGGGCUUGAAAAUGAUAUUGGCAAGAUCCGAUUGGCUCUAGAUCUACAUUCUUCAAAAAAAAAAUUGGCUUAACUGUUUCAUCUUUAAGUAGCAGUUUGCUGCCAUUUGUAUUGGGUGAAGAAAUCACUAUUGUAUAUAUACUCAAGUCUUUUUAUUUUUUUUCCUCUUUUCAUAAAUGCUCUUGGACAUUAUUGGGCUUGCAGAGUUCCCUUAUUCUGGGGGUUACAAUGCUUUUAUCGUUUCAGGCUUCAUUUUAGCUUCAAAAACAAGCUGAGCACACUGUUAAAUCAUGAUUUUGCAGAACCUUUGGUUUUGGACAGUUUCAUUUUUUUGGAUUUGGGAUAGAUGACAUAGGAGUAUGGAGUAUGCUGUAAAUAAAAAUCCAAGCUAGUGCUUUGUCUUAGUAGUUUUAAGAAAUUAAAGCAAACAAAUUUAAGUUUUCUUGUAUUGAAAAUAACCUAUGAUUGUAUGUUUUGCAUUCCUAGAAGUAGGUUAACUGUGUUUUUAAAUUGUUAUAACUUCACACCUUUUUGAAAUCUGCCCUACAAAAUUUGUUUGGCUUAAACGUCAAAGCCGUGACAAUUUGUUCUUUGAUGUGAUUGUAUUUCCAAUUUCUUGUUCAUGUAAGAUUUCAAUAAAACUAAAAAAUCUAUUCAAAACAUUACCUAUUUCAAAUUCAAUUGUGUCCUAAAACAUUAUUUUAUUCGUAAUCCUUUGCAAGGAAUCUUGUUUUCAAAUGAUAACUGCCUAUGUGAGUGAUCAAAUUCAUGCAAAUUUUCUUGUCUAUUCCAAUAUGUAUCGUGGUUAUCAGACUGAGGAUUAGUCUAAAUUCUAGUAUUUAUUCCAAAUCGCACUUUAUUGAUUGGUGUUCUCUCAUAGUCUCUUCUAAUUUUGAAAUUUUAUCCUUUAUUUUUAUAAAAACGGGUUCAGAGGCUUUUGAACAUUCUUGCAGGCAUUGGAUAAUUUGCGUUAAGUAAAAUGGGGUUGGGGAAGCAGACUGCAAUUUAUUUUUGACCCACAUUCUUUCUAUAAAGGAUAAUUUGUUGUCUGAAGACCUUAUUUGCUGGAUAAGUGAAUGUAUAACAGGAAAAAAUGCUAGUACUGUGGCGUCAAUUGCACUGCGGACUAAACUUAAAUUGUAGUGUACAUAAUCGUGACUACCACUUCAGUUACUGGUUUAGGAAUAUAAUUUCCUAUUGCUACAUAAAUUUGCUUUGAGAAGCACUCGUGCCUUAUAAGAGAGGCGUAAACAUAUCCACUAGUCAUACUUCUGACUUUCGGUUAAUAUCGCUCUUAUUUUUUUACUACCCUCCUGGCUAAAUUUUUGUUGGCCAAGUUAUAACAUCUAUUUCCCUGUUUCCUUUAGAAAUUCUGAAUUAUUAUAAUGACAGUUUUGCUCGAGAGUAAGAGGAACAAAAGAAUCCAAACUUGACAGUGCAGAAAUGUCUGGAUCACAUUCAAAUUACCAUAAAAUUUUCUCUUCCGUUUUACUCCUAGGUGGGUCUAAAAUGCUUUAAAUUGUAAAAAUGAGCCAUUUAGGGAGGAAUUAAAAUGAUCACACCUUUAUUUUGUGUUUUGUUCCUGUUUGGUGUCUUUUAGGACAGCAGUAGUAGAUCUCAGGACCGUAAGCCAUUUAGUUCCUUACGAGCGUGCUUAGAUCGUGUUUUGAGUUUCAUGGCUUCUCUCUUGAUUUCAAGUAAGAAAAUUAGUAUUUACUGAUGAAAGUCUAUUAUUUAUCUCUCUUUAAAAGUACACUUACUAUAUAGUUCAGUAAGUUAAAAGACCUUAUUAAUAUUCCUUUUGUGUUUUUGGAAACUCAUAAAGGAAUUAUGUAGUCUGUCCCAAAUUAACAUGGGUAUUUAUUUGGUAAAGCUUAGAUACAGUAGUUUUUCUUAUGCCCAUGUAUGUAAGUAAAGACACCAAACAUUCUUUAAAUGCUGCUUUUAAACUUUGAAAAUACAAUUUGUAGUUAUUAUAAGUCUAAAUUAGACUUAAAUCCCGAUUUUUCUUGGGAAGAAGAAAGCAUCUACAAGUAAAAUUUGAUUUGUUUGUAUUUCUUUAAAAUUAGAUGUUACCAGAUACAAAGGUAAUCAUGAGGAAAAUUAGGAAUGGGUAAAGAAGUGAUUCUGAAAAAGUAAUUGAUUGUGCUUCCCCUACCCAUCCUAAAAUAUAAGCCCUAGCAAAAACAUAAGACUAAAACUUGGGUUCCAUGACAAAAUCCUUUCCUCUAGUUGCAAAUAAUAUUUUACUCUCACCUAUUAAAAUAUGUCUAAGAGAUGUCCCCUAAUAAUUGCUUUAUAGGGUUUUUGUAGCUAUUUUAUUUCACAGAAAAACACAACUUUUUGAACAUUAAGUCUCACUUCAGAGCUUUUUCCCUUGUUGAAUCUUGUAAACUCUUGCUGUAGCAGCAUGCAGAGAAAAUAGAUUUGGAGCUUAACUUUUCACAGAAAUAAACCUUAACAAUCUAAUACAGAAGCCUGAAAAAUGUUCAUUCAGGAGGUCUUUAUUUUAGAUUUUCAUUAGGUGCUUUAUUUUAAUGAAUUUUUUUUAACGAGUUCUGGGAAAUUUCAUUCCCUGCUCUUACGCCAUCUUUUUUGUUCCCCAACCUAAUUCAUUUGCUUUACUUAUGAGCCUGCUACAGUAAUGUGUGUUGGGAAAUAUAUUUACUUCAUAUUGAGGCCAACCUCUUCUUUGUAGGUACCUUCCUAAGACUGACCUAAACAUACCCCUUCCCCAUAAUGGAAUGCUAAUUUUUAUUUGAUCACUCAUUUAUAGCAGUUGCUUAAAUGUAUGUAUUUAAAUGACAGUGUUUUAAUUUUUUUAAAGCAAAAAAGUUCUAAUAAGUUGCCAGAUUUCUAAUAAAUCCAAGUUUAUUUGAUCAAUUGAUAAGGAAAUUGAGUUGCUACGGUUCUGUAGUUAGUUUUUUUAAGCAAAGAGUUCAGCAUAAUUGUUUUUGUUUUCUUAGUUACUGGGGUUAUUCUGCAUAAGAAAGCCCAAUGCUUUCUAUUAAUAGACAAUUUUUCUCUCAUUUGAAAUCUGACUUAGGAGGUGAACCCUCUUUUUAAAAAGAUUAGCAUGCAUCAAAAUAAAUUCUAUUUUAAAUUCCAAAAGAGAAGGGACAUAAAAUUCCAUUCCUAGCAUAAAGCCACAUAAUAUUCUGGAAACUCAUUACAUCAUUUGCCUCCUGCCCAUUUGGAUAAUCAUACCUAUGUUUUAUUAAUUGUGUAUUAUUUGUAAAAUCCAAAACCCUUCCAGUAAAUACUUGCUAUAAGGCUAUUACUUGUCAAUUGUAAAGAGUUCUACAUUUGUUAAAAUUUGCAGUUUUGAUUUUUCAAAGAGAAUUUUGUUUACUGAGCUAUCCAGUAUUCUUAAAGAAAACCAACUGAAGUAUGUAAAGAAAUGUUAGUGUUGUCCCUUUUUGUGUGGCAUCUCUUAAGUGAGCAGCUAAGAAAAAGCCUUAUAGAAAGAGUGUACUGGAUUUAUAAGUGUGUUUAUGUUUCUCUAAGAAUGGGAGCUUCUGUUAACUUAGUUCUCAGUAAGCCUGUGGAUUGGGUGACUGACUAGAGAAUUCAGAAUGACAAAUCCACUAACCAAGCAUGCUUACUUUUGUGCUAGUAGCUUGUGAAUUAGUUCUGAAUUUUGAAAUGCAAACACCAAGCCUUAAAAAUACUGCAUAUUUAAUGUAUUUGGUCAGUAAUGAAUAUAAAUAUUUAAAGUAUUUGAAGUAGUUACUGUUAAUCUUUCUAGAAUAGUUUUUUUUUUCUUUUUAAAUAUAUAUACUUAUGUAAUUUUUAUUUAGAGGUUACCAGAAGCUCUGGGUUUUUUGUUUUGUUUUGUUUUUGUUUUUUAACCAUUUUCAGAUGUUAUCCAGAAAUCUGCAAGUGUACUUUUCCUGUUUUAACUCCUUCCUUUUAUCACCUGACUAUCAGGGAAGCGAGGUUGAGGCUGCCCUGACCUGACAUGUCAUGAUGUCGACUUGCUAGGUGGGGUUCGCUGGGGACGAUAACCAGUGGAAUUGUUGGUAAGAAAUUUUUUUUUUCCUAUUUUUUUUUUUAAUCAGUAGUGGGACAUUAAGUGUGGGAAAAUGCCCAUAUUUUAUAAGUGGGCAUUUAUGUUGGCCUUGUAGGCAAGUAAGACUUUAAUAUUAAAUAAUUUAGUUCUUAAUAGGAACAUAUAAUAACUACUUCAUACUUUUUAUUCUCAAAGUACAGGUUAGUAGGAAAGGUCUGCAAGUAUGAAGUAACAAAAUACUCAGGGUAUAUUUUAGGUGAUGAAAAUAGACACUUUACAAGAUAAAUUCUCAAGACUUUUAGACAAUAAAUUUGCUUUAUUUUACUGUGGUUUCAAUCCCUCUAAUAUCUUCAUUAUGUUUGCAUUUUUAUUGGGAAGAUGAGUACAUAAUGCAUCUUAAGAGAUGUUUAUUGCACGCUGAUACUAGCAAAAGUAGAAGUUGUUGAUAGGAUGGAGGAUUUAAAUAAACACUAGGAAAAAUUAUUUUUUAAAUCUUCCAAAAAAUUUUAACAUUGUAAAAUGAAACUUAAAAGUUCUAGCAGUUUCACAAACAGGAGAGGGCUUGUUUUAAAAAUACAUUUGACAUAAUGACUUUGAGUCAAGAGGACAUUACUUAGCUAAAUAUUAGAACCUUGAACAUAGCAAAACCAUUAAUCUGUCAACAACUUGUGUUUUGUCUGAAAUCCAGGACAGCUGUUGCGAUUAGUAGGUAGUGGUAGAAUUUGUCCAUUUUUAGAUGAUAUUAAAGAUUAAAAUCUCUCACAGUAGAGGAUUCCAUGAUAGUAAAGUAUAAAGCAAGGAAAUUAAAUUUAAUAACUAAGCAUUUCUGACCAUAACAUAUAAAAAAAUAAUUAUAAUAUGACGUAAUCACUGAUCAAAAGUAAUUAUGAAUAUUCAUACAUGAAGAACCUCCCUAAUAUUCUUAAGCCUCCUUUGUUGGUUGAACGUAUGUCUAGGAUGAAUCUUGGGUGUUAAACGCGCUAGUCAGUAUUCUGAAAUCUUGUCUGUAAGCUUGUCGUAGACUACUUGUAAAUUGCUAUAAUGAAAUUAUACUUUAAGAAUUGCAGUGAUUACAUCAUUUUGUUGAGGUACUUGUUUCUCUUCUGACACAUUUUAUGCUGUACCAUUGAUAGAAAAGAUUAUAAAGAUUGCACUAAUAAUGUGCUCUUUGGAAAGCUUGAUAGUAAGCAGUAGGAACACGCAAGUAAUUCUGAGGAGUUCAUCUUUGCAGCACAAAGUCUAGUUAGUGGCUUUGAUAUACUAACAACAAAACGCAUUUCAUGGGAUCAGGAAGGGAGACCUUGCGGAGUGGGGGGAAAGCUUCAAUUCUUCAAAUACAAACAGGGGUUUUCAUUUUAUGUAGUAACUUUGUAGGAUCCCAUGAACGUUGCUUUUCUUGAUUUCUCGUUUAUAAUGGCUGGACAAAAGGAACUUCUCUAGCCUGUUCGGUAACAUAGGUAGAAUUGUACUUUUAACAAAUCCUACUAAGAUGUUUAGUACUAUGUUGUAAGGCUAUUUCUAUAACUGAGCUGAAAGCUCCUGUGAACAUGACAUUGCUAUAUGCAUAUAGUAAUAUGAGAAUAUUACAGUAGGAACAUUUGCAAGACCACUUAAUCAGCAGUUUAAUAAAAAUCAUGUUUUUGGUACAGUGUUCAGGUACCAUAACUGUAUUGGAAUAUUUGUACAAUGUUAAAUAUUUUUAAUAAAAUCGAACAUGU